AGAAACUAUUAAACAUUGUAUAUAUAUAUAUAUAUAAAAUAUCAGAGGACCAGAAUUAAAAUCAUGUAAAUUAUGUAUAAUUAUCUGAGUGAAAAAUUAGAACAUAUGAUUGAAGUAGUUAAUCAAUAGAAAGUUGGAAUUUCUUUUUUCUUCCGAGGUUAAGUUAGUAAAAACAUUCUAGAAAUGAACGGUUUGUUAAGAAAUGCGUUUUUCGCGUUAAAAGUAGCCCUAAUUUAGAAAAGAAAGGAGCAAUAAAGGGGAUUAGGAAUGGGGAGUAUUAGGUAACCACAUGGCACAAGAAAAUAUGAUGCCGCCCGCAUGCAGAGGUGGAAGGCAGUUAAUAUAUAUGGAUGAGAAUACGGUAUAUACUGCUACAGUUUAGAAACUGGAAAUUAAAGCCAGCCAGCUAUAGCGUAAAAGAAGCUGCGUCUGAAUUGACUAUUGCAACUAUGUUGUAAUCUAAUAUUGACGGUGCAUGGUUAAUUAGGCACCAAACAAAAACCGAGAGACUAGCUGCUCCAUUUAUCUUUGUAGAUUAAUUUAUUGAUUGAGAUUGCUAAAAAUCAUAAUAAUAAUGAUGAUUGAUGAAGGUAGUACCGUACCUAUAGGCAACAGUUCAUGAUCUGCAUUAUUUAAUUUUAAUUUUAUUAUGGGCAGUACGUAGAAUGAUUCAUUAUUAAUUAAUUAAAUUAAUGGAAUGGUAGCUAUAAAUAUAUGCAUGGCCAGCUGCUAGCUAUAUAUCUAGUCAAUUGAAGGGAGUAAUUAAUUAAUAUGGAUGCAUCAAGCUAUAAGCAGCUUCCUAGGUCUGGAAGCUCUAGUAAUAAGAUCAGACAAAUAGUUAGGCUUCAGCAGCUGCUCAAGAAAUGGAAGAAGAUUGCAGCUGCAUCCCCUUCCUCCAUCCACCUUCAACGCAGUACCAGCACCAGCACCAGUACUAGUAAUGGCAUCAAUAAGUUUCUCAAGAAAACCCUUUCAUUCUCGGACAGGCUGGACAAUAAUAUUGAUGCUGCUGCAGUCCCCAAAGGGUGCCUUGCAGUAUCCGUUGGGGAGGAGGAGAAGAGAUUUGUGAUCCCAAUGGACUACUUGGCUCACCAAUCAUUUCAAGUCCUCUUGAGGGAAGCUGAAGAAGAGUUUGGUUUCCAACAGCAGGGAAUCCUCAAAAUCCCUUGUCAAGUCUCUCUCUUUGAGAACAUCUUGAAAACCAUACAAUCUUCUCAUCAUCCUUCUAAUUCUAACAAUAAGACACAACAACCACCAUUGUCCCCUAGUAGUACUGAUGAGAAUGAUAAUAUCAUUCACAACGUCGGCUGCUGCUCUCCAGACAAUCACCAAAACAUCAUGCCUCCUCAAUUGUGCAGUUGACCAUCCAUAUCAUCCAUCAAAUAUUUUAUUGUUGCAUGUACUACUGCUUUUUCUCAUUCAUUUUCCCCUUAUAUUCAUCAAGCAUGUACUACCACAGAAGAGAAAUCCAACGAAUAUUUACUGUUGUUA